AUGGGAGAAGCAUCUUUGUCUUUGACCUUUCUGUGCCAGGGAUUUGCAUUUGCUAUUCCACAGUCUAUCGCGCGAGCGCAGUCUCCGAAGCUCGCAGCUUCUCUCGAUGCCGCUCAAGAAAUAUCUCAGAAUCCGGUUAUCACUAUCAAAGACUUCUCCUUGGACACAGUAAACUGUAUGGUUGAAUUCUUCAAGUCUGGUUGUUACGAAGUUGACCGAAGGAACUUUCCCAGUGUGCUGCAAGCUGUUGGAGGUUCACCGACGCCGGAGCAUUUCAUGCGCGAUGUAUUAACAUGUCACCUUGAAAUCUGCGCCAUCGGAACUCACUAUGGCAUUCCCAAGCUAUGCGAGCUAGCCAGGGACAACAUCCAAAAGGUCUUCGGAGGGAAAUGGUUUGACUCGGUUUUCCUUUUCACUGCCGCCAUUGUCUUGAAGUCAAAAGACGAUGAAUUGCAAAAGCUACUUGUGACUCUUGCGAGGGGGCACCUGCAUUCUCUGACAACUUCGAACGGCUUCGACCAUGCGACGAUGCUCAAAAGUUUUCAUCCCAAGCUUCGAGAGCAAGACAAUAUUCUCCAACAAAAGGGAGAUCAAACGAAAUUAGCAGCGGGCCCACCGAGCCAGAAAGAGAGUUCCACCGAGAUUGGGGCCCUCCGACUCCAAGUCUCUUCUCUCAAACAACAAGUAAUAUCAGUCUCCAGUGAGCGAGACCAACUCCGAGAGCAGAUAUCUGCUUCUUCAGUCAAGAAGGAAGAACUGCGACAGAGCCAUGCGAAUAUUUCUGCGGAGCGAGACUUAUUGUGGAGUAAGGUGCCGACCUUAACAGCAGAGAAGGAAGAACUCCAGAAGGUUGCGGCGAAAAAGCCCGCUUCCACGGAGCGUGAUGGACAUGGAACAAAUGAUGCGAACAAGAAAUCCUCAACGGUAAUUAAAGCAGAGGAAGACGAUAAAAUAAUCGACACACUCCAACGAGAGCUCAGAGUUACAAGAUCCGAGACCGGCUUGCUCAGGGCCAGAUGGGCUAAGGAGAAGACAAAGUCGUCGAUUCUGACACAAGAGAACGACGACCUCAAGAAAUCACUCGAACUCGAAAGACGUAGCAGGGUCAGCAUUACGGAAUUUGCACGAGACGAUGUUCGAAAUGCCCUCAAAGACGAGCAGAAGGUGACAACAGACUUGACCACCAAGCUCACCCAAGCGUCACAGGCCCUCGAGACAGAAAGAAAGCGCACAGCAACUCUAGUGCAAGAAGUCACUCAGAUCAAGAGGAACCUUGAACUGGAGAGACAAAGGAAUACUGGCAUGUCUCUAGGGGAGCGAGCCAGAAUGCGCGAAACUAUUGAUGCACAGAAAAGCGAAAUUUCGGCGCUCGUUAAUGGACGAGAGGAGAUGAAGAGGGAACUAAAGAUGGCGAGAACUGAGAAGAAAAAUGAGGUUGAAAGAAAAUGGGAGAUCACCAACAAGAUGAAUGCGUUAAUUCAGACAAUGCACGACUGGGACGAGUGCCGCCAUUGCGGUGCCGACUUUGGGACGUACGUGGAAGAUCACGGCAGCGCGCUAGUUCUGCGAUGCUGUUACUGCACAACUCGGCAUGGGCAUUGGGCCUGA